UUUGUUGGAGCCGGAACCACGUUGGAUGUUACGUGUGUUUAUUUACAAAUAGCUCUUCUCAUCGUAUGAGCUUGUGAUGGAAUUGCUGCCACUCAGACUCAACGCAGACGUUGAAAAUAUGGUCAAAGCAACGUUUGAAGUUCCCGUGGUCGAAGAUGAGAAUGGCCCUGAAGGAAGCACAGACAAGCGACUCUCCAACCUGCUGAAGUGGCUGGGUCUGCCCCCGGCGUACACAACACUGAGGACGAACACAUGCAGCAACCCAACAGAGAGCAUCAUGGAGAUCCUCCGAGCAACUCUAGCAGAGCAAUGUGUCACGAGGGACAUGGAGCCCUUUGACAUGGCUGCUCAUCCUGCACUCCGGGACUGCGUGGUCAUCACUAACAGAGGACCCAAGUUGGAUAUCAAGCUGUGUGACAAGGAAGUGGUUGUCGACCUGGCGUGUGGCAUGGCGGUGUUGCGUGGAGCGGAUGUCUUCGUCCAGGGCAUCAUGGCAGCUCCAACAAGUGUGCAUGCCGGAGACCACGUGUCGGUAUAUGCUGACCUGAACGCUGAGUGUCGUAAAGGUCUCACUCAGAAGUUCACAGGUCACAAGAUGUUUGUGGGUAAUGGAGUCGCACAUGUAGGGAGGGAGGACAUCUUCUGCAGCUCGGAAAAACUUAGUGGUAUUGGCAUAAGGAUGACACAACCAGUGUUCCAGGCGCCAUCUCUGGACCGAGUUUUACCUGCCCUGGUGUUCCCACAGAAUCUGCCCUCCAUUGUGUGUGGUCAUGUCCUUGACCCCCAGCCAGGGGAGACAAUUCUUGACAUGUGCGCAGCCCCAGGUGGGAAGACGGUCCAUAUCGCCACACUCAUGCACAACAAGGGGAGAGUUGUGGCACUGGACAAAACCCCUCAGAAAAUUGCUCGAGUUGAGAAUAAUGCAGCAAACUGGGGAAUUACGAUCAUAGAAACGUACAGUGGGGACUCUCGCAGGGCGCUGGAUGACCAGGCAGCAACCACUGGUGGCCCACCCUACCCUUCAUGUAGUUUUGACCGCAUCCUACUGGACGCCCCGUGCAGUGCCCUUGGUCAGCGGCCGGCCAGUCGGAAUGCAAUGAAGCUCAGUGAACUCAAGUCCUACUCAGUAUAUCAAAGGAAACUUUUUUCCAAGGCGGUGGGGCUGCUGAAACCUGGGGGGGUGCUGGUGUUCAGUACCUGCACGGUGACGAGGGAGGAGAACGAGGGUCAGGUGGGGUGGGCGCUACAAACCUUCCCCAGCCUCACCCUCCUCACACAGGACCCUCACAUCGGAGGUAUUGGACUCCCAGGGACAGGCUUGUCAGAGGGGGAUAGGUGUAAAGUCCAGAGAUUUGACCCCAGCAUCCUGACACUGGACACCCAGAGCCCGGACACUGACACCAUCGGGUUCUUCAUUGCCAAGUUCCAGAAGACAAGCUAACUUUGCCUGACUGUCCAGGAAGAUGUAAUAGUAGUAAGAGAGAGCAGGCUGACCUAACCCAUUGUCAGCUACAGUUAGAUGAGUGUUGUUCUCAUAUGAUCUCUUCAGGAGUGAGUCAGUGUGGUUUAGUUCAAGUGGCCAAGCUGACCUGGCCGAUUGUCAGCUACAGACCUGUGCUGUUCUUGUAUGAGCUCUUCAGAAGAGAGUUAGGGGGCACGGGUGGCCCACUCACUCACUCACUCACUCCAGUCACUCACUCACUCACUCACUCACUCACUCACUCACUCACUCACUCACUCACUCACUCACUCACGCAUGUAUGAGCUCUUCAGGAGAGAGUCAGUGUGGUUUAGUUCUCAUGAACAAGCUGACCUAGCUACAGACAGAUGCCAUUAUCGUAUGAGCUCUUCAGGAGAGAGUCAGUGUGGUUUAGUUCUCAUGAACAAGCUGACCUAGCUACAGACAGAUGCCAUUAUCGUAUGAGCUCUUCAGGAGAGAGUCAGUGUGGUUUAGUUCUCAUGAACAAGCUGACCUAGCUACAGACAGAUGCCGUUAUCAUAUGAGCUCUUCAGGAGAGAGUCAGUGUGGUUUAGUUCUCAUGAACAAGCUGACCUAGCUACAGACAGAUGCCGUUAUCAUAUGAGCUCUUCAGGAGAGAGUCAGUGUGGUUUAGUUCUCAUGAACAAGCUGACCUAGCUACAGACAGAUGCCGUUAUCAUAUGAUCUCUUCAGGAGAGAAUCAGUAUGGUUUAGUUCUCAUGAACAAGCUGACCUAGCUACAGACAGAUGCCAUUAUCGUAUGAGCUCUUCAGGAGAGAGUCAGUGUGGUUUAGUUCUCAUGAACAAGCUGACCUAGCUACAGACAGAUGCCGUUAUCAUAUGAUCUCUUCAGGAGAGAAUCAGUAUGGUUUAGUUCUCAUGAACAAGCUGACCUAGCUACAGACAGAUGCCAUUAUCGUAUGAGCUCUUCAGGAGAGAGUCAGUGUGGUUUAGUUCUCAUGAACAAGCUGACCUAGCUACAGACAGAUGCCAUUAUCGUAUGAGCUCUUCAGGAGAGAGUCAGUGUGGUUUAGUUCUAGUGGCCAAGCUGACCUAGCUACAGACAGAUGCCGUUAUCAUAUUAGCUCUUCAUGAGAGAAUCAGUAUGGUUAAGUUCUCAUGAACAAGCUGACCUAGCUACAGACAGAUGCCAUUAUCGUAUGAGCUCUUCAGGAGAGAGUCAGUGUGGUUUAGUUCUCAUGAACAAGCUGACCUAGCUACAGACAGAUGCCAUUAUCGUAUGAGCUCUUCAGGAGAGAGUCAGUGUGGUUUAGUUCUCAUGAACAAGCUGACCUAGCUACAGACAGACGCCAUUAUCGUAUGAGCUCUUCAGGAGAGAGUCAGUGUGGUUUAGUUCUCAUGAACAAGCUGACCUAGCUACAGACAGACGCCGUUAUCAUAUGAGCUGUUCAGGAGAGAGUCAGUAUGGUUUAGUUCUCAUGAACAAGCUGACCUUGCAUGUUCCCAGCAAUAGAUCAGCCUUACUGCAGGAAUCCUUCAGAAGGGAGUCGAUCUGGUCAAGUUCCAAGUUGACACACCUGGAUAUGGAGAGACUUACCAAGAGAUUGUGAAACAGACACUCAUGAAGCUGCAGUGGGGUGUGACAAUACCUUGGUCUACAGGCUGUGUGUUAGCCUGUUCCAGGCCUAAUUACCCGUUACCUCAUGUUGUUUGUUGAGGACACGGGUUCACGCGACAAAACCCUUUCCAUAUUCAUUAGAAAUCUCUGCUAAAAGCAGAGUUAAUUGUACGAUUCCGACUAUAUCAUGAUCAUGAGAAAUUGGUGUAGUGUAUGUGUGGUUUGUAAGCCUAUGUUAUUGCCAAAUAAAUUAACUUCCCUUA